AUGUGGCUUUAUAUCAUAUUUUCCAUUUGUUUGGGAGGUGUGUAUAAUGUGGAUACAAAUGCUGUUAAGUCAGUGUCAGUGACUGAAGGAGAUUCUGUCUCUUUAAACACUGAUGUUACUGAAGUACAGAGAGACGAUCAGAUUCUGUGGAUGUUUGGACCUCGAGACACUCGUAUAGCUGAAAUCUAUAAGCAGAGGAUUUCUGUUUAUGAUAAAAAAGAAAAAUUCAGAGAUAGAUUCAGCGUGGAUAGUCAAACUGGAUCUCUGAUCAUCAGAAACAUCAGAACUGAACACUCUGGACUUUAUAAACUACAGAUCUUCAGUCACAGAGGAACUUCAUACAAGAGAUUCAAUGUUACUGUGUAUGCACAUUUGCCCAUUCCGGUCAUCACCAGUACUUCAAAUUGUUCUUUUUCUUCUUCAUCAUCAUCAUCAUCUUCAUCAUCAUCAUCAUCAUCAGUGUCUAAUUGUUCACUGCUGUGUUCAGUUGUGAAUGUGAGUGCUGUGACUCUCUCCUGGUACAAAGGAAACAGUUUAUUGUCCAGCAUCAGUGUGUCUGAUCUCAGCAUCAGUCUCUCUCUACCUCUGGAGGUGGAAUAUCAGGAGAACAACAUCUACAGCUGUGUGAUCAACAAUCCCAUCACAAACCAGACCACACAUCUGGACAUCACUCAACUCUGUCAGCCAUGUGCAGCUCCUCCCUCAGACCCUGUCCAGUGUUGUGGUUUCACUGAAGCUGUCAUCCGAUUGGUUGUCUCUGCUGUGUGUAUAUCGCUCUCCCACUUCCGCAGCAGUGUCAGCUCCCGCAGGAGCCUUUUUUGGCUUUCCCUACUCCUGCAGAAAUAG